GUUUAUGUAAAACAAUUUCCUUGGUUGCAUUAGUUUGUUUCUAUUUGUGAGCUCAUUCUCAGACUUAAUUGCGUAAUUUGGAAUUAAUUGCUGAUUGCGACAAGAACGGUCUGCAACUCUAAACGUAGUAUAAUGAUAGAACGAGCAAUCUAAUCAUUAAGAUACCAGAGUUCGAUAUUGUUGACAUUGUUGGCACAUGGAUUAUAAUUUCAAGACUUCGUAAAAUACCUUAAUGCAUGAAAAUGUGAAGUUUUUGGUGAUUGCUGAACUAGCGUAAUUUUAAAGUGGAUUAGUUCUUUACUGCAAGACUUGACAAACAUGUCAGCUAUUUCGUCGAUUACUGGAAUCAUUAAGAGACUUCCACGACCACCAGUCGUUCAACGUUCGAAUUCGACGUAUUUUUCAGAAGUCAAGAAGUCAUUCUCUGAACAUUUCAGUAGCAUCAGAGUCGAAAGAAAAGCGAAGGAUUUUUGGAGUCGAAGAGGACCAACUGUUCUUUCAUAUCGUGGGCUUGCUAAUCAUGGUGGUAUAGCUUUAUGGCAGUCUUCUUCGUGCAUCAGACCUCAAGCCCACGCGAACUUCUUGAAAAUGAAUACUCGUAACAGUUACAAAGAACCGUGGAUGAUGUCCGAUGAGGAAGUUAGGGAUAUCAUAACAGAAAAUGAAUUUGCAGGUAAACUUCAGCUGGGAAUUGUAAGCAAAUUCGAAUCAAACUUGUUGCCAUCUAAUAAUCCAACAGAGGAUCGAAGGUUUGUGACCAAAUUACUGCAAGACAGAGAUGCCUUUCUGUUUGGUGUUUUGGAUGGCCACGGCGGAAGCAGCUGUGCUCAUAAUGUUUCUCAACGCCUCUCAGACUACAUAGGACUGUCGCUGCUUCCGAAUGAAAUUCUUUUGGGACCAAUGUUGAAGAAGUUUCUUUGCUCCGAGCACCUCCUUCUAUCAAACUCCCCAAAUAAUUACAAUUACAGGGAGGAUCCUGUUUGCUAUGAAAGUCUUAAAGCUUACUAUUUGGAGCUGCGUAGGAUACAAAAGAGACAUGAUGUCAGUGGAACCAUGGCUCCUACUUUUGUGCACCUUCAGGAGACUCAUGGACACAAGAGAGCAGUUGUAGAUGCAAAAGAGGAACAAGUCUCUCAGACAAUGGGGGCUAUUUCUAGAGCUUUUCUGAGACUAGAUGAAGAUUUGAGUUAUGAAGCAUCGAUUGAAGGGGAGAACAAAGAAGCAGAAGAACACAGAUUUAAAGCAGCUACCUCAGGAGCUUGUGCUUUGGUGGCAUAUGUGAAGGGAACUGAACUUACUGUAGCCAACUGUGGAGACUGUCGUGCAGUACUUGGUGUACAAAGUGAGGAUGGGCAGUGGUCAGCAUUACAACUGUCUACUGAUCAUACAGCCCGCAAUCCGAGGGAAGUUCAACGAGUACUGAGUGAACACCCACCAGAAGAGGCUUCCACUACUCUCAAAUAUGAAAGACUUUUAGGCCGCCUUGCUCCAUUAAGAGCAUUUGGUGAUGUGAGAUUCAAAUGGAGCAAGGAAAAACAAGAGGAAAUGUUUAAUCCAAAAGGAGAUAAAUCAUUUGCUGAUAUGGCAGAAUUUCUUACUCCACCCUACCUUGCUGCUGAACCAGAAGUGACAUCAUACCAGCUACAACGCACAGACAAAUUUCUUAUUCUUGCCACUGAUGGUUUAUGGGAUAUGCUUAGCAAUGAAGAAGCUGUGGAAUUUGUAAAAGAAAAUUUGCAAAAACACAAUUUAGACCCUGAAAUCCAAGACAGGGAACCAAUCUUGGAUUUGAAAAACUCAGCCUCUUGUUUGAUCAAGGAAGCCCUUGGUGGUGAAGAUCACUUUUCUGUGAGUAUGAGCUUAAGUCUACCAUACCCUGAUGUGCGCAGUUACCGAGAUGAUAUCACAGUUACCGUGGUGCAUUUUGAUUGGAGCAAUGUUGCAUUAGAGUAGGCAUAUGCUAAGGGACUGGGAACUGGGCUUCCAACAGGCACAGUAAUUGAGCAGAUAAUAGGUGCUAGGUGUAAUUUCAGGCAAUUUACCUGUGAGCACUUAUCAUAAGUUGUGCAAACAUCUUGAAUUUCACAGUAAUGACCUAAUUACCUUGAAUGUCUAAGAUUUGAUUGAAAAUUCUCCUUUCUAGUGGCUGAUUGUUUCAGUGUAAAUUAGUAAAGAGAAUUUGGUGUCAUGUCUGAAUAACACCUACCAGAUGAUCUGUUUGUUUUUCUCAUCAUCUGCCUGCCAAAAUGUGUAUUAGGAGAUGUCUGGAGAAGAUACAUCUUGAUCACAAACUGGAAUGAAAAGGUUUAAUAAGGACUUAUAAAAAAAGGCAGUUCUGUUGUGGUCAUGCAA